UUUCGAGAUACUCCGGUUUCAUGGAAAGCGAAGACGAUAAGGAGAAAGCGUGGGGUAUAUCGCUGCCUUAUGCUCUAUACCAUUUCUCCACGAGCGGAGGAGCUGUAGCCGUUGCGACCGCGUUCACCCAUCCUUUAGAUGUUGUCAAAGUUAGGCUCCAGAUGCAGCUUCUUGGUCAAAGAGGUCCUUUGUUGGGGAUGGGUGAAGUUUUUGGGAGAAUUAUGAAAGUUGAAGGGGCUAGAGGCCUGUAUCUUGGAUUGGCGCCUGCACUUGCUAGGUCUGCUCUUUAUGGUGGUCUGCGUUUGGGUUUAUAUGAGCCUUCUAAAUCUCUUUGCAACUUAAUGUUUGGUUCAACUAAUAUAUUCGUUAAGAUUGCUUCGGGAGCUUUUUCUGGGGCACUUGCAACUGCGUUGACUAAUCCAAUGGAAGUUCUGAAGGUUAGGCUGCAGAUGAACUCCGGAAGGGGUCCUACUGGAGAGAUGCAUAAAAUUGUAUCAGAGGAGGGUUUCCGGGCGCUCUGGAAAGGAGUUGGCCCUGCAAUGACAAGGGCUAGUGCUUUAACUGCCUCACAGUUGGCAACAUAUGAUGAGUCAAAGCAGGCCUUGCUUAGGUGGACGCAUCUUGAGGAAGGUUUUCAUUUACAUCUCAUCUCAAGUUCUGUAGCAGGAACUGUUGGAACACUAGUAACUGCGCCAGUGGACAUGAUCAAAACUCGCCUAAUGUUGCAGCAAGAUUCCAGAGAUGUUAGGAGCUACAGAAAUGUGUUUCACUGUGCAUACCAGGUAGUUCUCACAGAGGGCGCAGGGGCUCUUUACAAGGGAUCUACAGGAAAGAAAAAGAGAUUCAAAUGCAUUUCUGGAACGAAUGCAAAUGACGAAGAAGGAAGACGAGACAUGCAAAGGAAUAGUUAUACUUGUUGAGAGAAAUGCAAAGGAGUGAAGAUGCCGAAGAAGAAGAGGGAAAGCACACCGGAUCUUUAGAGGAGGAUCGUUAGGGCAUGCGAAAUGCGAUGGAGAAAUGACAAGGGCGGAUGCGUAUGAGAGCAGGGUCACGGGAUGCCAAGACCGGAUGCAUAUGAGGGCAGGGUCACGGGAGUAAAUUUUUCGAUCGAAAACGCGGACCGCAGGGGUCGUCCCACGGUCCGCAUCUUUUACAAAUUUUAAAACAUCGUUUAUGAUAAUAUGUUAAUAUUUGUGAAACAAACAACGAGACGGCAUUUGCAAAACAAACGGCGAGACGGCGUUUUCAAAGACGCCGCCUGCACUUAUAAGCUGCCCCAAACGGGGCCUGAAUCUCCAGAUUUUAGACCAUUACUUUUCUUGCUGCCUUUACUGCAUCUGUUAUGCUCUGUUUGUUCUCAAUUUUGGGGCAUUUAUUUCUCUAAUUAUUAGAAGUUGCUGCUUUAUGAAUACAUUUUCAAAUCACUGGGCAGUAAUCGGAUAGAGCUUUUUUUCCUUAAUUUCUAAUUUCUUAAAUACAUGCAAAUCGUAUCAUUGAACUUAUGAUUUUUAUUUUCUCUAAAUUUAAGAAUUUUCUAUUUGUAAAAGGGGUGUGAAAAAUUGACCCUACACAUCAACUUGACCCAAACUUGAUUAGAAAAAAAUGUGUUUGGGUUGACCUGGUUAUCUGAAACUGAACUGUCGGCCCGAAAAUGAUUUGCCAACUUGAAUUUGACUCAGAUUUGACCGGAAUCAGACAUGAAUAAUUGCUAUGCUUUAUGCUAAACGGGUGUGGGUCAACGGGUUGAAGGCGAGUCGGGUUCGGAUUAUACUUUCUGACCCAUUUAAUAUUUCGAGUCGGGUUCAUGUCAAACAAUCCGAGUCUGAUCAAUUUUGGAUCCGGCGCAAACGCGUCCUGCAUACCCGAUUGGAUACUCCCCUAUUCUAUUUUACUCAUGCUGGAGCAACUGAGCACUAACUGUUUCGUUUUGCCAAUGUAACGCAGGGCAUUUGCCACCUUUGCAAGAAUAGGUCCCCAAACUACAAUUACGUUUUUAGUAUGUGAAAAACUGCGAGAACUUGCUGGCAUGAAUGCCA